UGCUCCGACCACUGUCUGCCUCGCCAGGGGAGGGUGGGCAGGUGGCUUCUUUCCACCAGCAGCCCCCAGUACUGGCACAAGGUCACAGAGACUGGUGCCAGCACCUGCUCGCUGAGGGUAAACAGACAUCCCAGGCAUCCAUCUCCAGUGGGAAGGACCCCGGAAGUGGCAGAGAGGGCAGGACCGCAGGGCCAGUUGGUCUCACAGUAGCCGAGGGCCCCAGAGAGCAAAGGAGGCUUCUCUAUAGGGGGUUGGGCUCCCCCCACCUCUGACCCUUCCACCCCCUCUCCCGGAGCUGCACAUGGCGGAGGUGGGCUGGGCCCUGGGCAGCCUGGACUGUGGCCCCUGACUAGGAGCUGCCCCAGGAGCCGCUGCCCCUCCCCAGGGCCCUCCGAGGCGGUGCCUGUCCGCCUGUGGCCAUGUUGCUCUGCAGAACAGGCAGCAGCUGUGGGUGCUCAUGGCGGUCUGGCUUUCCCUCCUGCUUUGGGGGUAGGGAUGGGACCUCUGGGGACAGUUCUGCUGGAAUAGGUCCUGGAGGCACUGAGUGGACAGAAAUGCCUGUGGAGGCCUGGGGUCCCCCGAAUGGGGCCCAGGCCAGGCAUCACCAGCCAGCGGGGCGGCACCUCAGGGGGUAUCCUCCUGUCACUAAGGUGUUAGUGGAGGCCACGGGGCAGGGUGGGGGUGGGUCCCAAGCACAGCAGCCCCAAGCCUGGACCCUGGCGCUGCAUGCACCCCUCUGAACCAGCCACCACCCCCAGUCGCUGCUCCUCCACGCCCACAACCAGAGGCCGACCUUGGCCGCCCAGAGGAAGCCUGGUGCCUGGUGCCCUGCCCUGCAGCCCCCAGAUCCUGGCCCCAUCCUGGAGCCCCUCAUGGUCACAGAAGGGGGCUGGCGUGUGCAUACCUGCCUGUCCACCGCAGUGUUCUGUAGCUGGAAUCAAGCCGGCACCUCACCCACAGCAGGAACCCCCGGCCAGGCUCUCCCUGCCCUGCCCGCCCCUGCCCACGUGCUGGCUCCAGUGUGUGGCUUGUUUGCUCCAUGGAAUUAAAUCCCCGCCUGUGGCCGCUCUGCCCUUCCUCAUGGCCCUCUGGCCCCACGUCAGGCCAGAGGGUCCUGGCUCCCUCCGCUGGUCAGCGCGGGCCAUGGUUGUUUCCAGGCCCCGGGUGUCCCCCUGGCCCUUGCACCAGAGAGCGAGAGGGAGGGGGCAGUCACACCUCUCGCCAAGGUUGUCGAAGGAACGAAAUGCGGUGCCUACCUCUCGAGCUCCGGGAAGAGGUGGGCCGUGAGUGUGGGCUCGGAGCGGACCCACACAGGCCUCCCUGGCCGGUGGGCGUUUCCUUGGGGUGGUGGAGGGGACUCAGGCCGGGAGCUGGGAGUCAGGCGUGGGCCCAGCCUAGGUUUCCACGCGCUGGCGCUGUCAGUGUUUGGGUGCGACUGUAACUUCCCGGAGCCUCAGUUUUCUCCUCUCUGAAGUGGGCACGAUGGUACCCUGAGCAGGCUGGUCAGAGGGCCUUGGGAGGGGUGCGUGUGCAUGUCCAUGCUGUGUGGGUACAGCUGGGUUCUCGGCCAGCCCCUGGUCUGUCCUCAGGCUGCAGGCAGGGCACGGAGAAGGGCUCCGGAAGCCAGAGCUGGAGCUGCAGAGGGCGGCGGCCCGGGUGCAGGACUUAAAUGGGUGAAGCCCAAAUGCAGCCUCAGGGAUCUGGAACUGCCUCCCCGAGCACUGGUGGCCCAGAGGGAGGCCUCAGGGAUCUGCGGGUGAUGCUGGAGGGGGCAGGUCCUCCUUCCCCCAGGUCCCCUGACUGCGAGGGAAGGGCCCGGGCGCACUGGUGACGGAGAGCAGUCUCCGAGCUGCCACGGGGCUCAGUGUCCUCGUGUGCAGAAUGGUUCCUUCGGUGACACUCCCGACACCUGCUACUGUCUCCUAGGGGUGGGGGGCUACUGUGGUUUUGACUCCAGUAACUGACAGCUUUUGUAGAUUUGGAAAUUCGAGUCCAAGACCCUUUCUAGCCCUGCCGGUCUGUCUGGUCCUCUCUCCAGCCACACAGACCCGCCGUCAAGGAUGAGGGCACUAGGCAGUGGGAGAGGCCCACCCAGGGCCCCACCUGCCCCCUCCUCUGCUGCUAAGUCGAGUACAUCGUGCCAGGUGGCCCCCCGGCAGCUAGCUCUGUGGCCAAAGGUGGGGGGUGACCUGCAGGAGGGCCACCCCCAGGACUGGCACCCUUGGGGAGGCUGAAGGCUGGUUGUCCUGCCCACCCGCGGCCUGUGCGGCCCAGAGGGGCAGGUGGGCCAUGGGCCUGGGGCCUGUGGCCUUCCAGGCCCUGGACCCAGCCAGCAGCAGCGGGAGACGCUGGGGCGCACACGUGUGCAGGCGGAGGCAGGAGGGGAGCCUGCUGAGCGCAGCGGGUUGCCAUGGCAACCGCGCAUCCUUGGGGGCUUCUGCGGCUUCCUGAGGGUGCAGCUGCCGUCAGGGCCGAGUUAGGGAGUGCUGUGUGCUCUGGGUGGGAGAGCCUGGUGGGGGCCUACCCUGGGGUGGAGUGGUGGCACACACACACACUCACACGCAGGCACCCCUGAAGCCUUGCCUGACCCCAGGGAAGGUAUAUCUCCCAGUCCCAUGGGAGUGGGGGACGCAGCAGGGUUCCAGGGUCUCCAGGGGCAGGCUGAGCGGGUUUCCCCUGCUCUCCUGGCCCUCGGCCCCUGCUGGCCCCCCCAAUAGCGGGCCUCUCUUCUCCACGUGUGGGUGUCAGGAACAGGCUCAGAGACCAGGCUGUUGGGCUCACACUGCCUCCAGGAAGCCCUCUCAGAUACCCCAUUAGCUGGCAGCCCUGGCUUCCCGUGGGGGCGCAGAAGACUCCGGAGCACAAGCACAUUAGUCAGAGGUCAGCUGUGCCCCCCGGGGCAGGUGCCUCCCCAUUGCUGAGCCUCUGUUUCCUCCUGUCCAGGGGAGACAGGUGUGGCAGCACCUCGGUGGCCAGUUAGGACCCAGUGAGGUGCUGCUGAGACCUGCUCUGCCCUGAGGGACCUGUGAUGACAGGUGUGCUGGGGCGGGGCGUGACUGGGUCCUGAGGCAUUCAGCCACUGGGAGCUGAGGGGUUGGGGUGCUAAGUGGGCAGAGGGGCUGGGCGCAGGUGGGAAACCUCCAGGGGCUGAAUGGAAGGCAAAGUCCUCAGGGAAGGGGUGUGCACUGGAGCCAGGCUCGUGCGACAGGAGGGCAGAAUGGGGUGGAGCUGCCAGCCCAGCGUGCUGUCCGGUUGGGACCCACCAUGCUGUCCUGUGGGCGUCAGAUGGGCCGAGCGUCCCCAAAGCCCUCGCUCUCCAGGGGACGGGGGCAGCUCGGAGCCCUAGUUUGUGUUUGGGGGCAUGUGCUGCCUGGGCACCAGCUUCCCCAUCUGGUGCGGGGCAGCCGUGAGGUGGGGGCUCCCAUGGACCAGGUGCUGUAGAGGGGGGUUCCCAUUGUCCUCAGGAUGGAAACAGCAGCAGGGGGUCUUCGGUGGGCGCUCAGCAAGAGGGUGACUCGGAAAUGCCGGGCUGUGUGGAUGGACUCUGCUGCCUGACCUUGGGGACAGCGGGGUCCCCAGGCCUUGGAGGUAGACAGGUCUUGUAUCUCCUGGCCCCGACCCCUAGCUGCCUGGAGCCUGGCACGUGGCCAGCAGGCGAGUCCGCAAUCCCACUUAGUGGGGCCUGAGUCCCCCUCCCGACCCAACCCCGGUGUCUCCCAGCCCCUCCCAGCGCUGUCCCAUAGCUUUGGCAAUGAUGACAGCCCCUAGGGCAUGCUCUGGAGGGGUGAGGUGGUCAGUCUGAGAUAUGUGGGAGGAGGUCCCCGUAGCCCUGAGACCCUGACCUCAUGGAGGGGUGUCCAGGAGCCCCCAGAAGUGGGAGUCAAGCUGGCCUUGGCAGCUCUGCCAGCCCCGUGGCCCCUGGAGAGGCCAGUGCAGCACCCAGGCUUGGGCUGCCAUGGCCGCCCGCCCCGUGUGUCCACCUGCCCCGGGCCUGGUGGCUGUGCCUCCGAGUGUGGAGUCCUGGAGCAAUGGUCAGGGUGCAAAGGCUCAGACCGCAACGGCGCCCCACUCAGCGAGCUCUCCUGGUCGUCCUCUCUGUCCGUGGUGGCGGUGUCCUUCUCUGGGCUCUUCACGGUCAUCGCCUUCAUGCUGGCCUGCCUGUGCUGUAAGAAGGGCGGCAUCGGGUUCAAGGAGUUUGAGAAUGCCGAGGGGGAAGGGUACCCGGCCGGCUUCUCGGCACAGGGCUCCCCGGCGCCGGCAGCUCCGAGCGGACCUGACGUGUAUGUCCUGCCCCUCACCGAGGUCUCCCUGCCCAUGGCCAAGCAGCCAGGGCGGUCAGUUCAGCUGCUCAAGUCUGCAGACCUGGGCCGGCACAGCCUCCUGUACCUGGAGGAGAUUGGCCACGGCUGGUUCGGGAAGGUGUUCCUGGGGGAGGUGAACUCGGGCAUCAGCAGCACGCAGGUGGUAGUGAAGGAGCUGAAGGCCAGCGCCAGCGUGCAGGAGCAGGUGCAGUUCCUGGAGGAGGCACAGCCCUACAGGGCCCUGCAGCACAGCAACCUGCUCCAAUGCCUGGCCCAGUGCGCCGAGGUGACGCCCUACCUGCUGGUGCUGGAGUUCUGCCCCAUGGGGGACCUCAAGGGCUACCUGCGGAGCUGCCGGGUGGCAGAGUCCAUGGCGCCCGACCCCCUGACCCUGCAGCGCAUGGCCUGCGAGGUGGCCUGCGGCGUCCUGCACCUGCAUCGCAACAACUACGUGCACAGUGACCUGGCCCUGAGGAACUGCCUGCUCACGGCCGACCUGACGGUGAAGAUCGGCGACUACGGCCUGUCUCACGGCAAAUACAGGGAGGACUACUUCGUGACCGCUGACCAGCUGUGGGUGCCGCUGCGCUGGAUCGCGCCCGAGCUGGUGGACGAGGUGCACUGCAACCUGCUGGUGGUGGACCAGACCAAGGCCAGCAACGUGUGGUCCCUGGGCGUGACCAUCUGGGAGCUCUUUGAGCUGGGGGCACAGCCCUACCCCCACCACUCCGACCGGCAGGUGCUGGCCUACGCCGUCCGGGAGCAGCAGCUCAGGCUGCCCAAGCCCCAGCUGCAGCUGAACCUCGCCGACCGCUGGUACGAGGUGAUGCAGUUCUGCUGGCUGCAGCCGGAGCAGCGGCCCACAGCCGAGGAGGUGCACCUGCUGCUGUCCUACUUGUGCGCCAAGGGCGCCACGGAGGCAGAGGAGGAGUUCGAGCGGCGCUGGCGCUCACUACGGCCCGGUGGGGGCGGUGCGGGGCCCGGGGCGGUGGGCCUGACACUGGGGGGCGCCGGCGAGCUGGCCGCCACCUCAUCCUUCCCGCUGCUAGAGCAGUUUGCCGGCGACGGCUUCCACGGGGACGGCGACGACGUGCUGACCGUGACAGAGACGAGCCGCGGCCUCAACUUUGAGUACAAGUGGGAGGCAGGCCGCGGCACCGAGGCCUUCCCGCCGCCCGGGGGCGCACUGAGUCCGGGCGGCGCUGCGCGCUUGCAGGAGCUCUGCGCCCCCGACGGCGCACCCCCUGGCGUGGUGCCCGUGCUCAGCGCGCACAGCCCGUCGGUGGGCAGUGAGUACUUCAUCCGCCUGGAGGACCCGACGCCUGCCACGGGCCAUGACCCUGACUGCGCCGGCUGUGCCCCCAGCACCCACGCUGCGGCCCUGCGCCCCGACGGCAGCGACCACGAAGGUGACUCUGACGGCAGUGCCGCCGCCUCGCUGGCCAUGGAGCCGCUGCUGGGCCAUGCGCCCCCUGUUGGCGGCCCUUGGGGCCACUGCGACUACUACCCAUGCAGGAGCCAUGCCCGUGACCUGCCCUGCGCCUCGCGCUCACCCUCUCCGGGGACCUUGAUGCUGGCAGAGCCCCGAGUGGAGGAUACCGACUGGGGCGUGGGGGCCUUCUGCCCACCCUUCUUUGAGGACCCCCUGGGCACAUCCCCCUCAGGGAGCUCCGGGGGCCGGCUGUCCCCAGGUGGGGAGCAACCGGGGGAGGCCGAGGCACCCAGGGCUGCCCAGCACAGACACUGGAGCUCCAACGUGUCGGCCAACAACAACAGCGGCUGCCGAGCGCCGGAGCUCUGGGGCCCGGGCCGUGCAGGCAGCUACCUGGACUGCCGCUCCGGUGUGAGGCAGAUACUGUGGGCUGUCCCCGAGCUGGGCCGUCCCAUGGCCCCAGACAACCUCAGGGAGCCUCUCCUUGGGCCAAAGGGGGCCUCCUCUGCUCAGGAGCUGGGCCGCUGCCUUGGCCUGCCCCCUCUAUAUCCUGGUGAGGGCCUGGCACCUGCCCCCUGCCUCAUCACCUGCCCCUGGACAGAGGCAGCCGUAAGUAGGGGUGACAGCCCCCAGGCAGAGCCCAGGCUUGCAGAGGAGGCUGAAGGCUCUGCUGGACUCCAGCUGCCCCUUCCCUCCAUCCCAUCCCCAUCUCAAGAGGGAGCCCCACUUCCCGCCGAGGAGGCCAGUGCCCCGCCCACCCUGCCUGCCUCGCCCACCACCACCAGCAGCCAGGCGCCUGCCACUGAGCCAGCCCGGACCCUAGACAGUGACAGCAGCUCCCCUGAGCUGGAGGCGCCAGGCAGUGAAGAGGAGGACACGGCUCAGGCCACUUCCGGUGUCUUCACCGACUUGUCCAGCGACGGCCCACGGGCUGGGAAGCCGGACGUGACACCAGCCUUCUGCUCCCUGCAGAAGCAGGUGGGGACCCCCGACUCCCUGGACUCCCUGGACAUCCCAUCCUCAGCCAGCAAUGGUGGCGGUGAGGUCUUCAGCCCAUCAGUUGUGGGCACCCCUGGAGGUCAGCCCCGAGCCCCAGACAGCGGCUACGACACGGAGAACUACGAGUCCCCGGAGUUUGUACUCAAGGAGGCGCAUGAGCCCUGUGAGCCUGAGGCCUUUGGGGAGCUGGCCUCAGAAGGCGAGAGCCCCGGGCCCGAGACUCAGCUCCCCGCCUCUUUGGGUGGCCUCAGCGAGAAGACUCCCUACCGCGACUCUGCCUACUUCUCAGACCUGGACGCGGAGCCAGAGCCCCCCUUGGGCCCCGCGGAGAAGCGAGGGGGUGUCCCAGCCCCAGGGCCAGAGCCCCGCCUGGAGAGCCCGCAGGGCCCCAGGCCGCAGUCUGCACAGCCCUCCCCUGAGACUGAGGUGUCCGGGGAGGCGCAGGGCGCGGGCCCCGAGGAGGUGCCGCCACUGCCAUUGCCCAAGGCCUCUUCUCUGGAGCCAAGCGCCUGCCCUGCAGGCCCCGGGCUAGAGCCUCCUUGGCCCCAAGACCCAGCCCAGGUGCUGCCUGUGCCCAGCCCUGGGCAGUCUAAGAUUUUCCUGCUGACCCCAGUCCCAGCAAACUCAGAAGGCCACUGCCCUGAGCUCCAGGAAGCCCCGGGACUGCUGUCCGGGUCGGGCCUGCAGGAAAGGACAGGGGGCCCAGGUGUCCCCCGAACCCCACUCUGCUUGGCCCUGCCGGGAUUCCCCGCAGCUCCGGGGGGCCGGCGGGAGGAGGAGGAGGACAGCGAGGACAGCGACGAGUCGGACGAGGAGCUUCGCUGCUACAGCAUCCAGGAGCCAAGUGAGGAGAGCGAGGAGGAGGCACCGCCGGUCCCCGUGGUGGUGGCGGAGAGCCAGAGCGCUCGCAACCUGCGCAGCCUGCUCAAGAUGCCCAGCCUGCUGUCCGAGGCCUUCUGCGAGGACCUGGAGCGCAAGAAGAAAGCCGUGUCCUUUUUCGACGACGUCACGGUCUACCUCUUCGACCAGGAAAGCCCCACCCGGGAGCUCGGGGACCCCUUCCCCGGGGCCAAGGAGUCGCCCCCCGCGUUCCUGGCUGGCAGCCCGGGAUCCCCGAGCGCCCCCGGCCGACCGCGCCUGGUUGACCGCUCCCCAGACGGGUCCGUGGCGGAAGAGGGCAGAGGGUUCGAGUGGGACUCCGGCCUCCCGCCGUCGCUGGCCAUGGAGUCCGCCCCGCCUGCCGCGUCCCCCAAGCCGGCCACGCCGGGCCCUUUCUCACGCUUCGCCGUCUCGCCCGCGCCCGCCUCUCGCUUCUCCAUCACGCACGUUUCCGACUCGGAUGCCGACUCCUUGGGAGGUUUCAGAUGGGGAAACAGGAGCGCUUGGCCCCCCACCAGGCCUGCUUGCUCUGGCCACCUUGGUGCAUGGCCUCGCCUCCCUGGGGAGAUGCAGUGCCCUGCGCACAGCUGGCCCAGCACGCCGGGACCUAGGCUGAAUGCUGCCUGGCUCUCCUCUACCUCCUCCAAAGGCCCCAGUCCACUGAGUGCCCUGCUCUCUGAUGGCCCCCAAACCUGUGGCAGCCUCUCCCACAAGAACUUUCCCAGUGCCCACGGGUCUGCCGCAUCCACUCCGCCCUCCCCAGCACAUCUCAGACCUGAUGGCCCUUGCCCACAAGAGCUGGUGGUGGUAGUGGCUCAGGUGCUCAGGUGGGGCCCUACUCAGAGGCCUUAGCUUACUCUCCCUCCAAGCUCCACUCCUGUUAGCCUCAGACCAGGUGGGCUCUUUCCUACCCAGUUGCCCCUCUCCCUCAUUCUACUAGGUUUUCCUGAGAUGCUCCUGGCCAUCUUUUCCCCAGGCAGACCCAGCCCCUCCCCUCCCCUCCCCUCCCCUGCUGCCC